GGAAGCAUAUGUGUAUUAAAGGCACACAACAAGGGGAAAAGUUGUUGCGAUUUCCACAUGACAGCCUUCUUAAUGCAAAGCAAUCAAAAUUCAAUGGCCUCGAAGCCCUCGAAGCCGAAGCCCCUCACCUCCUCUUUCCUCCUCUUCUUGAUAGCCCUCUUAGUCUUCACCACAUACUACCUAAGACAGCUUCACGACGACUUCCAAAUCUACCCCAAACCAUCACUGAAUCCAGCCUGGUACGACGUCGUAUCACGGGAAAUGGGGCACGAGUGGUUCAACAUCGGGCUGGUGAACAUGGAUGAGGACGAAGCCGCAGCGUUGGUGACUAAAGGGAGGGUUUUGAAGGUGGAGAUGGGAACGCUGGAUGAGGGGUUGCGGUGGUCGGACUUGUUCCCAGAGUGGAUCAACGAGAGCUCGACGAAGACGAGGUGCCCGGAGCUGCCCAUGCCGGAGUUCGGGAGGUACGAGGAGCUGGAUGUGGUGGUGGCUAGGGUUCCUUGUAGGGUGUGUGAGGGGAGUGGGUGGAGAGAUGUUGCUAGGUUGCAUGUGAAUUUGGUGGUGGCUAAUUUGUUGGUGAGGAGUGGGAGAGUGGGAGGUGAGAGGCCGGUUUUGGCGGUGUUUUUAGGGUGUUGUGGUCCGAUGUGGGAGAUUUUCCGAUGUGAUGAUCUUGUGUUGCGAGUUGGUGAUUCUUGGAUUUAUAGACCUGAGUUGAGGAGGAUCAGACAGUUGGUGCACCUCCCGGUCGGAAGUUGCCAGGUCAGCCCGGCAUUAGCACAAUCCGGUUCAGAAUUAAGAGGUGCAGAGGCAUACGCGACAGUGCUACAUUCCUCAGAAGCAUACGUGUGUGGAGCCAUAGCUCUAGCACAAAGCAUCCUCCAAACAAACACGACCAAAGACCUCAUCCUCCUCGCCGACGACCACAUCUCCCCCGAAUCAAUUGAAGCCCUCCGAUCAGCCGGCUGGAAGAUCAAGCGAAUCCGACGGAUACGAAGCCCUCAGUCGAGGAAGAACUCCUACAACGAGUGGAACUACAGCAAGCUCCGCCUCUGGCAGCUCCUAGACUACGACAAGGUCAUGUUCAUCGACUCUGACCUCAUCGUCACCAGAAGCCUCGACCACUUCUUCACCCACCCGCAGAUCUCCGCCGCCCCCAACAACAAGGAAAUCUUCAACUCGGGCCUCAUGCUUCUCGAACCUUCCCUGUGCACCUUCAGAACUCUAAUGAAGAGAAGGUGGCUGGUUCGCUCCUACAAUGGUGGCGACCAGGGCUUUCUCAACGAGAUGUUCCCGUGGUGGCACCGCCUCCCCAAGAAGAUCAAUCACCUCAAGUUCUUCCGGUCGGAUGGGGGCCAUGAGCACCGGAUAGCGGAUGAUGCCUACGCAUUGCACUACCUUGGAAUGAAGCCGUGGAUGUGCUACAAGGACUACGACUGCAACUGGGACAAGGCGGCCACGCGGAGAUUCGCCAGCGACUCUGCCAAUGAGAGGUGGUGGCGCGUGUAUGACAGCAUGCCGGAGAAGUUGAGGCAGUUCUGCGCCUUGACGCCGGAGGCGGAUGCCAGGAUUAGAAACAAUAGGGUUAAGGCAAAGCGUGCUAAGUUUGGUGAUGGACACUGGAGGAUCAAGGUGAAGGAUCCCAGGCAAAUUCACUUGUCAUGAUUACUUUGUUUGUUAUAUA